AACCUGAUGAGAAUCUGCAGAAUUUCCGUCUGGUUGAAUAUAUUUCUGCUCUGACCGGAACCGAACCUUCUGACGGCUCGUUUGAACCAGAAGGGAAGCCCGGAACCAUCGACUCCUCCUGCUCGUUUCUCGUCGGACUCAUAUCCACGUGGGACCGCAGUUCCUGCCGUUUGUUUGCGUCUAAAUCCCGAUAUUGUUGUUUUAAUGUCGUUUCUGGUUCCGGAACCUGAUUGUUUGUUAGACCCAAAGAUUAUUGGGCUGGUUCUAGAGGAGUUUGGACCAGAACAUGAACUAGAUCCAAACCGCGCGAGGACCCGGAGCCGCGGCGCGUGAGAACCGCUACGUGUCCAGCCCCGCAGCGCGCCGCCAGCGGUCCGGUCCGGUUCCGUACGUGGCAGUGAGCCGCUGGAAUCACGGAAAGCUCGGAGAUCCAGGAUGGAGUCCGGUUUGGUUCCAAUCGUCGCGCAGAGAUGAGCCAAAGGGAAGCUCCGAACCAAAGCCAAAGGAAAGAGCUCCGGAACCGGGUCUGAAGGAGCCGAACCGGGCUUUGAAGAUGAUGUAUUCAUCCAGGAGAAAGCCCGUGUUGUACUUCAAAGAGGAGAGGAGGCUGCUGUCGGGCAGAUGCACCGUCUACAAGCUGUUCGGCCUGUGCAUGCUGCUGCUGCUCGCCUCUCUGCUCUGGCUGCAGCUCAGCUGCUCCGCCGACCUGUCCUCGCCGCCGCACCGGGACAGGGCCGCCCCCCGAGAGCAGGCGGCGCCGCAGCCCUGCCCCCCGGACCCUCAGGCCGAGGAGGACCCGUCCUGGGGCCCGCACAAGCUGGCGCUGGUGGUGCCGUUCCGGGAGCGCUUUGAGGAGCUGCUGGUGUUCGUCCCCUUCAUGCACGCCUUCCUCAACAAGAAGAAGAUCCGCCACAAGAUCCUCAUCAUCAACCAGGUGGACCACUACAGGUUCAACCGAGCGUCGCUCAUCAACGUGGGCUACCUGGAGAGCGGGAACGACACCGACUACCUGGCCAUGCACGACGUGGACCUGCUGCCCCUCAACGACGCGCUGGACUACGGCUUCCCCGAGGACGGCCCCUUUCACGUGGCCUCGCCGGAGCUCCACCCCCUCUACCACUACAAGACCUAUGUGGGAGGGAUCCUGCUGCUCACCAAGAAGCACUACCACAUGUGUAACGGGAUGUCCAACCGGUUCUGGGGUUGGGGCCGCGAGGACGACGAGUUCUACAGGCGGCUGAGGAAGGCAGAGCUACAGCUGUACCGGCCCAGCGGCAUCACCACGGGGUACAAAACCUUCCUGCACCUGCACGACCCCGCCUGGAGGAAGAGGGACCAGAAGAGGGUGGCGUCCCAGAAGCAGGAGCAGUUUAAGGUGGACCCGGAGGGGGGGCUGACCAACCUGCGGUACGCGGUGGAGUCCCGGCAGGAGCUGAGCAUCAGCGGCGCGCCCUGCACCGUCAUCAGCACCAAGCUGGAGUGCGACCAGAACCAGACGCCGUGGUGCCUGCUGGGAUAGAGCUGUCGUCACGGCGACAGGAACCUUUGGCUGAUGGGCGGAGCUACUGAUGGAGGACGCUGAGCGGAGGGAGCAUCAGGGUCAGGGCCUGUGUGGACCUGCCAGACCAGAAAGAACUUUGUGUCCUGGUUCUGCGGGUCGAGUGGCGCUGAUCCGAAUGUCAGGAGGAGACCCGGGACUCAAACACGGACCUGCAGCCGGACUCUGCUAAUGCAGGCUUGCUUGUUCGGGCCGGGGCGCCAUUAGAUGGCGCUGCACACUAAAAUAAAGAUGUCUGCUUUUC